AUGACGACGGCCGAAGCCGUGGUGACGCCGGCGGCCGCGCCGCAGUCGCGCGUCGUCCUCGCCGCGACCAAGGACGAGUACUACGCGUCCGAGCUCCUUACGCAGCUGCAUGACGUGGUCGAGAAGCUCAAGUUCUGGGGCCGCGCAGGCGGCGGCGGGGCGGCGGCCCAGCUCUCGAUCGACCCCGAGCUCCAGCUCCUCACCAAGUUCCUCUACUUGACAAUGACGGGGUCUCAAACCAUGGGCGAGGAGUACUGCGACAUCUACCGCGUCGAGGGCGACCGUCCUCGCAUGCUCUCGUUCUCAUCGACCUUUUUGUGGCUCCAGCUCGCGACCGUGCUCCCGUACCUGCAGCAGCGAUCUAGCUUGGGCUGGGCAAACCUCCGCCCCGGUGAGGCACAGGCGCGGCUGCAGCUGGCUCGUCGCCAAGCACGCGAGCGCCUCCAGAUGCAAAACAGCCAGCACGCAGUGGUGUCGGCGCCGACGACGCCCCGCCGAGCGCCGUCCAAGGUCGACAAGGUCCUUGCGUACCUGGACGACCUCGUGAAGCGAGCCAAGGAGGUGGCGCAGACAAUCGAAGUCCGUACGGGGACGUCCGUGACGACGUGGACGCAGGCCGCGGUGGCCGUGCAUCUUGCGCUCUUCUACCUCCAUGGACGCUACUUUGACGUGGCGAAACGCAUGGCAGGCAUCCGAUACAUCCUAACACGCAAGCUCGAUGCGCCCCACGCGCAGUUUUCCAUUCUGGGCUACUUGAUUCUCCUGCGACUCGCGCUCUCGUCCCUACUGGGUCUACCAGCCUGUCUUCGAACGCUCCUAGGCGUCGAGGCUGCCCCGCGCCGCCUCGACCAGCACCGCGUCCCAUCGGACGAGUCCCGGCCGACGGGCAUGGCCCAGCGCAAGUGCGCACUGUGCUUGACCGAGCGCAGCCACCCUGCGAUGACCCCGUGCGGCCACGUCUUUUGCUGGGAGUGCAUCGUGGGCUGGUGCCAAAACAAGCCCGAGUGUCCACUCUGCCGGCAGCUCGUGCAGCCCCAGGACGUCAAGUGCAUUUACAGCUACACGUAAGUUAGUCGUCAAACCACCAGCACAAGUUAUCUCAGUCC